GCUUAUCUGACACAACCAGUCAUAGAGCUGUGACAGAUGAGAAUCAGUCUCCCGACACGGCGAUGCCGAGAAUACUGUGCUGAGUAACUAGGAAAACCGAGGUAAAGCGACCCACCCGACAUCCUCUAUCCAGGUGCUAAAAUGGAGUAGAAAUGCAGUUCUGUCAUUGCCUCUCGCUACAAACAUGUGAAUGAUUACCUCAACGGACACUUAUCUAUAUUAGAGCUGACCUCUCCAUAAAUAUUGAAGAUGUCAGGUGGGAGCUUCUUUAGCAAGGUGCGAUCUGCCUUCAGGAGGGAGCGGAGCGACUGGGACCUGAGCGACACUGCUCCCUUCGACUUCUCCGACGAGCUGGUGGAAGAUGAGGCGCCCAAAUUCAACAAACUGAAAGUUGUGGUGUCUGGAGAGAUGUCCGACUACUCCGCCGGGGCGCCGUCCAACGGAGUGGCUGUGAACACGAUGGUGAUCGAUGACGACGACUCCCUGCUCGACUCCUCUUCCAGCCUGGGCAGCCCGGGGCUGAACAUGGACCCCUGUGACAACUGCACCAAGAAGAGGGAGAAGCUCAAACACAGGAGGGUGAUGAAGAGGCUCACCAUUGCAGCUUUGCUCUAUUUUUUUUUCAUGAUGGGUGAAAUCAUAGGUGGUUAUAUUUCAAACAGUUUAGCCAUUAUGAGCGAUGCUGUCCACAUUCUAACGGACGUCGUGGGGAUUCUGUUCUCUCUGCUGGCCCUCUGGCUCUCUACGAAGCCUCCCUCCAAGAGGUUCACCUUUGGUCUGCAUCGUCUGGAGGUGGCAUCAGCAGUCGCCAGCGUGACACUAAUCUACAUCCUGACGGGCAUACUGCUCUAUGAGGCGAUUCAGAGGACCAUACACCAAGACUUCGACAUCGAUGGAGAUGUCAUGCUCAUCACAGCAGCUGUGGGUGUGGCUGUCAACCUCAUAAUGGGUUUCUUGUUAAACCAAGGUGGUCACCUGCACUCCCACAGCCACGGCCACGGUCACGGUCACUCCCACUCUCACGGCCCUGCGGCGUCGGGCUCUCACUCGGGGAGGCCAGGCCAGCACGGCAGCCUGGCUGUGAGAGCCGCCUUCAUCCACGCUUUGGGGGAUCUUCUCCAGAGUGUCGGGGUUCUCAUAGCUGCCUACAUUGUUCGCUUCAAGCCGGACUUGAAGUUGGCAGAUCCCAUCUGUACCUACAUCUUCUCUGUUCUGGUUCUCUUUACUACAUUCCGGAUUAUAAUAGACACUACAGUCAUCCUGCUGGAAGGUGUUCCCAGGCAUCUGGACACUCAGCGAAUCACAGAGGACCUCAUGAAGCUGGAGGACGUCCAGUCCGUGGACGAGCUGAAUGUCUGGGCGCUGACGACCGACAAGACUGCAGCGAUGGUUCAUCUGCAGCUCACGCCCUCAAGUGCCGACAACUGGGAGGAGGUCCAGGCCAAGGCGCGACACCUUCUGCUCCACACAUACGGCCUCAGCAGGUGCACCGUGCAGGUCCAGACACACAGGCAGAGGGUGGAACGCAGUUGUGCACACUGUCAGCAGCCCAGUGCCUAAAAGCGAGACCCGUUCUCACACUGACCUCCCCAGACUCCACCCAGUGGAGCUGGACAGCAGAGAAAACACCAGGCAGGAGGGGAGGGCCCUGCAGGCCGCCCCGCCGCCGCAGCAGGAAGCGCAGCCUGCAGCUGCACACGGGAAAAGAGAGGUGCCAAAAGACAGUCGGUGCAACUACAACAACAAGAAAUGCACAUCUCUAAUGAGAGGAGCCCUACAGCCUCCAGGGACCUCACACCCUCAUGCAUACAAAAAAGCUUUUGAGGAAGUUGAAUGCUUCGACAGAGAGGAAUGAAAAGAAGAAGAAAAAAAAAACUUGCCCUUAAUUCACCAUUAAAGCCUAUUCCAACAGAUUUUAUUUUGUAUUUUACUGUUUGGUUAACCACAACUGAUGUUUGUUCAUCAGGUGGAUAUUCUACUUUUUUCUUUUGUUACUGAUUGCUAGAACUAUAUACUAAGAUUUAAUGAUUUUAAAAAAAAAAGAUGUUAGCAACUGAAAAGGUACCUCAUUUAAUUUGUUAACUGUGGUCACAGUGCAUAAAAGCUGUACUCCUCACUCCUGGCAGCGGUGGGUUGAAAACCUUUCUCAUUGUAUUAAACAUAACAUCCAGUCAUUAAUAUCCUUCAGCCAUUUGCAAUACAGAUUUACAGUGAGCACUGUUUAAACCUCCAGUUGUGGCUGGACUGUCCAACAUUACAGAUAACUCAAUGUUUCUCACUCGGACUUCAGCAUGUCUCUUAAUUGUUACAACGAGCAACUGACAAUCAGUGUUACUGACUUUUAAAUGAAGCACUUGGAUGGACUUCUAAUUUCAUUUUUACGGUCUGCAAUAUGCUCUGCUUCACCCCUUCUCAUCGUAUCAUAUAUAACUGACAGCAUAGAGAUGCAAACAGGCCUGGCACGUAUUCAGUAUUUGGCUGUGCGGUGUUUUGACUGGCCGGGAGUUGAAAUAUGCCAGUUGCAGUGUUUAUAGUGUUUUCAUGUCUUGAGCGGCUGUUUGAGGGAGGUUAUGGUUCGACCUUUCCACAUCUGAAGUAUUAAUCUUUAAGGGAAAUCAGGAACUGGAUCAUUUGUUUUUGUUUGUAAUAAAGUAUUGAAACCUU